GCCCAAUGGAGCCUUCUGAAGAAACUGGACAGAUUAACAAGGAUAACUUUUUAGGAGUUCCCAGUUUAUCUGAUUCCCUUUCGGAAGAUGAAGAAUUUAGAGAAAGUUUCAAGCCCCGCUUCUCCCCUCAGCCAAGGCGAAGAGGCUCUGAUUCUUCUGAAUCAGAUUAUCCAUACCUGGAUACUCCUGCUUCAGGUUCACGAAGAGUUUCAUUUGCUGAUGCCUUUGGAUUCAAUCUUGUGUCUGUUAAAGAAUUUGACAGUUGGGAGUUACCAGGAGCAUCUUCAUAUUUUGACUUUAGGGAUGAUGUUUUCCACACAGAUGAAUAUAUUUUAUCUCCUCUGUUUGAUCUGCCUUCCUCAAAAGAAGUGCUGAUGAAGGAGCUACAGGUUCAGAAGGCAAUCCUGGAGUCAGUGGAGUUCCUCAGUGGGGUUACAACUAUGAAGGGCACUAUCCGAGUUUUGAAUGUUUCUUUUGAGAAGUUAGUAUAUGUUAGAAUGUCCUUAGAUAACUGGCAGACACAUUAUGACAUUUUAGCUGAGUAUAUCCCUAAUUCUUGUGAUGGUGAAACUGAUCAAUUCGCCUUUAAGAUUUCCUUGGUUCCUCCUUAUCAAAAAGAUGGCGCUAGGAUUGAAUUUUGUAUACGCUAUGAAACUUCUAUUGGCACAUUUUGGUCAAACAAUAAUGGCGGAAACUACACAUUGGUCUGUCAAAAGAAGGAAAGGGAGCAAGAGCCUGAGAAAUCACGGGAAGCAAUAACUAACAGACAGCUAAGAGGCUGCUUAAAGGUAAAAUCAAGCAAAGAGGAAUCAGAAACAUCAGAGGAGAAUAGCUGUAAUAAUUCAAGGACUACAGAUACCUGUAUCCCAACAAUCAUCUGUUCUCAUGAGGAUAAGGAAGACACGGAAGCCAGUAGCCAAAAUGUAAAAGAUGUAAACAGUGAAAAAGAAUUAGAACUGAUGCUAAAUCAGCACUCAGUAAGAACUCGAAGUCCUCCUACUAAAGAUGAAAGUUCAUUUGCAACAGAACCAGCUAAUUUUCCAAAUACAGCUGAAGAAUUUGGGAAUCAGCAAACCCAAACCCUUGGUGAGAUAAGUGGAGACUUACUCAGAAGGCCUUUGUCUCCCAGUUCAUCAGCAGAAAAUCCCUUGAGGGGAGAAUUAUACAGCAACCCAAAGUAUUCCUUGAGAGAUGAAGUUAGUCACCAAUUGGAAGAAGAACUUACUUCAGGUCUAGCAAAAAGCAGCCAGUCAUCAUUGAGAUACACUGACAGUGGUGAGACCUCUCCAUUACUUGGAAGUCUCCUUGUAAAGCAACAUGAUGUAUGUUCUCAUUUUCUGGAUGAAUCAGAAAGCCAAGGAAUAAAAUGGGUGGAUAUUUCAAAGAGUAAAACAGAGGAGGGUACAAUGGGAAGUGAAAUGGUGGGUAGAUCAUUUAUCAUCCAGGGGGAUCCUCAUAGCUACAAAAAGGCCCAUGAAAUGACACUGGAAACAGUUUCUUCGGAUGAUGACAAAUUUGUGCCAUUACAAACCAGUGGCAUGGAAAUACUAGAUGAUAAUGCCAAUCCAGCAGGAGAGGGUCACAAACUGCAAACAUCUUGUCCAACUGCAUAUCUGCCCUUGGCAGAUAAUGCUGAUCAAGGCAAAGAAGGAGAAAGAACCAAGAAAAUUGACAUAAAAGACUGGGAAUGUCCAACAACAGAGUCUCUUGCCUAUAUACCUGCCCAUAUGAAUGCUUCCAAAGAGUGCCCAGUUACAGAAAAGAGAACUUCUAGAAAAGGGUGUGGGAAUGGUAAAGAAAAGGAGGAACAAAGAAUCAAGUUCAGCAUUAGUGAAAGGCAAAAUGAAAAUGUGCUAUCAAUCUCAACUGACCAUCAAGGGAGAAGAGGGCAUCCUGAAAUAGGUGUUAACAUGAGUCAAGCUAGUAAUAGAUCCCUACAUGACCCUCAGAGCAAAGUAAGUGAAAUCUCUCCUAGCUCCUGUGACUUGGCACCUAGAGUUGAUAGAUCACAUUCUCUCAGAACUGAUUUAGCUAACCCCAGAGAUGGGUUUACAACACAAAGGAGUGGUCUAGUGAAUUCAGAAGGCAUCACUCCAGAAAGAAUGCAUGGCCAAGUUUGCUCACCAGAAAAUGGAAAUGCCUUGCAAACUGAUCAAAGAGAGAAAUCAUAUAGGAAUAUUCCUGAUGAUCAGAAUAAGAUUGCACGUGGAAAUCAAAGCUGGAAUGUUCUGGAAAGUCAGGUAGUUUUAAGAGAGAGUAUGACAAAUAGAAUAGAACAGAUCAAGGAGCAAGCAGAUGGUGAAGGCAUGUGGGAAAUAAGAGAUAAUACAAGGAACCUGAAUGUUACUCCUACAGAAGAAUUGUUUACCUGCCAAGAAACAGUGAGAUGUGAACUGUCUUCUGUAGCUGAUCAUGGUAUUACUGAGAAAGCAGAAGCAGGUACAGCUUAUAUAAUUAAGACAACAUCAGAAAGUACUCUAGAAAGCAUGUCUGCUAGAGAAAAAGCAAUAAUUGCUAAGCUACCUCAAGAGACUUCUCUAAGUGACAGGCCCACUGAGGAAAAGGAAACAGCGUUUGAUCCACAUGAAGGGAGAAAUGAUGAUUCACAUUAUACCCUUUGUCAUCGGGAUUCAGUGGAUGUAAUCUAUGACAUUGACUUUGAAAAGAAAUCACAUUUAGGUAUUUAUAAUAUACACAUAGAUGAAACACAAAUGGAAGAAACUAUGUCUCAGUGCCAUCCUGGGGAAAUGCUUGACAGGGCAGAGCAUGGCAUUAGAAAGAUUGCAACUGGAGGAGAAUCUCUACAGGUCACUCCCGAGGAUGGAAAAGCAAGCUCAGAACAGGAUUUCUACCUAGCACAGUUACCCACUGUUUCAAAAACGUUGAAGAAAAAUAUAUGCCAUGCAGAAGCCCAAGGGCUCCCUCAGAAGAAUGCUGAUUUGCUUGCUCUUGUUCAUCAAAGUUUCAAUUCUGAAAGAAGCCUAUGUCCUCAAAAUGGCACUCCUGUUUCUAUUUGUCCUAAUAAAACUCAAUUCGAUGAAGAAGCACUCACUACAGAGUAUCCAAUGGCUGCCUUGUCAUUCACGUCCAUUUCUACUAUAUCAGCUUGCAAAUGUGAUCCCCACAGUGAAGCCCAGUGUACUGAGAAAAACCAACAUCCUGGGUCUGUACCCCAAGAAUGUAACAGGAGUUCAGUCAUACUGACUUCCAGUGAUGGGAAAGAAAGGUUCAUAGCUGAAAGUUACCAACAAGCAGAAAAUAACACGGAGAAGUCUUUAGGGCCAAUGAUUUUAAUCAGUGAACCUACUGAGGAGAUAGAAGAGACAAGUUGUGAAACUUCUGAGUUAAUAAGCUGUGGACAAGAAUCAGCCUCCCCAGGUUUCAAGUCAUGUAACCCAUCUGACUCUUCCAGUCUCCCUGCCCAGCACAACCAAACUCUGGCCAGUGAGUCUCUGCUUUCAAAACACAUCAAGUCCAAAAUACCCUAUUUCCUUUUGUUCAUUCUAUUUCUCCUAACAACCUACUAUUAUGACUUAAUGAUUGGCUUGGCAUUCUACCUUUUUUCAUUGUACUGGCUAUCUUGGGAAGGAGGGCGACCCCAAGAACCUGUCAAAAAGAAGUAGUCUCACAGGUUUUAUUAUUCACUUAAAAUUUAAGAUACUAUGCCCCAAACAUUUUGAUUGUUAAAAGGGAAUAUUCAUUGUUCAAAGAACCAAUGCAGUUUUUCUCUUGAAGGAUCAUUUAAAAAGGAAUGCGUAUGAAGUUCACUCCUUCAUAUAAGUAAUUAUUCUAUAUAGGACCAUUAUGUUUGGAUCAUUAAAUACCUAUAUGAAUAUGAGAUCUGAAGCACGUCAAGUUAAAAUUAGGUACAGCUGUUGCUCCUUAGCAGGCUAUGAAGAUGCAAUGCUUCAUGUCUCUUCACUACUUAAAGUGCCAUUUUCUUGCAUUCAUUUCUUUUACAAUAAAGCUUCAAACCUUUCCCCCCCUCUAAAGGUUUUGCAAAAUAGUUUUAGAAAUAUUUAAAACAAAGCCAAUGGCAUAAGGACUUUUAAAGUCCCCGAGUACUGGCCAUACGAUUUUUGUAUUUCCCAUUUGUGUUGGGAUUAUUUCCUAGAACAGCCUGGGAGAGCAAAUAGUUCUUUUCAUUUCAAUUUCAUUGUUUAAGGACAUUAUCUGCAAAUUGGGAAACAGAAGUCAUGCACCAUAAAUACAAAAAGUUUGUACAUGUCAGAUUUUAACAAGAUAAAAGUAGGUGCUUCCAUACCACAAAGCUAAUAAAGUUUGGACAACUGGUAGCAUAUCACCCAAUAGCACAAAACUAUUUGGGGUGUUUUUUAUAUAUUUCUUUCAUAUUGUAAAGUAGACUGUGUAGCCCAACUGAACAAUUUCAUUGACAAGUAUCAUUUGAAAUAGAAAAUUUGAAUUCAUUUUUUUCACAAGCAUUGCUUUGGAAAGCAUUUGUGCCUAUGAAGCAUAAAGCAUUAAAUAACAAUAAUAAAAAAGAAUGGAUGGUACUUGGUACAUAUAGAAGUGAUUUCUUUUUUCUUAAACAUAAAAAGACUAAGAUUUUAAUUAUUUUUAUUUUUAAAACAUUAAAAGUCUUCAAAAGGAAACAGACAUAUUUCUAUACACAAAAGCACAAGUAAGGCACUAGUCACAAUCAUAACUUCCAAUUUAUUAGUUUAUUAAAGGGAUAAAACUGAUUUUAAAGUUGAUAAUAAAGAGUUGUGAGAAUGUUCAGUAGAAAAUAAACUUUUGGUAUGGAGGUAACUCUGACAGUAUCUAUUAUUACAUAUGGUUAAUUUUAUGGACUAGUGGAAUUGAUCACUUUAUCAAAUUUUUAUGGCAUUAUUUUACCUUGGACACCCUUUGGAACCCCUUCCAAGUGGUGAACUUAGGUAUCUUUGAGUCUGUUGACUGUUGAGUGACUAAACAGUCACUUCUAGAGACCAUAAGACUCCCUACAAGUUUCUCUGUAGGACUUUUUUCAUCUCUUUAUCUCAGAGGAGGAGAUAGAGAACCUAAUUCAUCUUCAGAUAUAACAGCAACAUACCUCAUCUUCUGAAAAUGAUAAAUCGAAAGAUCACAAGUUAUACAUAAAGUCACAUGCAUUUAAGAAAUAGUUCUUUAACUUCAUUUUCUAUAUCUUAAUGAAAACUCUGGAUGCAUUGUAUAAAGAAAAAAUGACAAUAAAUUGUGUUUUUAGCUAUUGCAUGCAAUAGGAGAAUGUAUCUUUCUCUCCAUAUUAUAUAAUUUCAGAUACCUUACUUUUUCCAGAUCAUGUGAUUCCACCCAUCCCUUAAAUGCCAUUCAGACUAAAUGACUGACAUUACUUUUUUAGACUAACAUAUAUAAACAUCCUGAGGUAGAACUUGGGGCAAAUAUUUGAUUUUUUGAGCUAGCAUAUUUUCAUUUAAAUACAAGUAGAAUACUGUAGGCAAUAUCUAGAAUAUUAUCUCUAAAACUGCUAGGUUGAUAAUUUUGUUGACAGGUCUAUACAAAGUUUGGAGAAACAGUGUAGUUAAUGUUAGCAUUUCUUCAGGUCUUAAUGGUAUGAUUUUUGCAUUCUACCUUUAAGGGUUUUAGUCAAUAUGUCAUAUCUUAUUGUCGCAAAACAAAACACUAUAUUGCUUUAUUGAACAUAGGUGCCUGGACUACAAUUAUACAUUUAAAAGAACAAAGUGACACAUUUUACUACCUGUAUUUGAUUUUUGAUAACAUUUGCUUUCAAAAUUAUCUAAAUACUAAUGUGUAGUAUGAUAUCAGUAACCUCCCUAGGAUGGAAAAAAUAUUUAGUUGUAUAUUUACCUGAGUGCAGUGAAAAAAUGGUCCCUGGUUUAGGCACUGACUUUUCCAAUACUACUUAUGGAGCAAUUUUCACAUAGAAAAAAAUGAAAUAAAGUGAUAAGCACUUGGGGAAAUCUUGAUAGGUAGGUAGAAAGAUAGAUUUAGGCAAGUCUGUUUUGGCUGCAUCACUAUACUGAAUAAGAAAAAUGGCAGGCAGUGAAUACUAGCAGAUCUCCACUUAUCCAAGAUCUAUCCCUGAAUUAAUAUGGCAGGUGUAAUCUUUACAAGUAUCAUUGCCAUCAACAUCCAUCCCUAAGCAUUUGUUGAGUGCUCAAAGAGUGUGUGGCACUGUAGUAAGCAAAGUGAGGUGAAUCACAUGUCUACUGCCUGAAUUGUAUAAGAAAUGUGAAUUGUUAAACCUUCAUAUUUCAUCUUGCCCAGUCUGCUGGCUAUACGUCAGAAAGAAAAUUCUAAAAAUUAACUAACAGCAUGAGCUAUGCCACUAGUAAAAAUAAUUGGUUUAGAAAUUCAAAUUUGUAUAAGCCAUCCCAAACCUUUUCAACAGGCUCCUUAUUGUAAAAGAAAGCAAGUCCACUAGGAUUGUUCCCAUCUAUCAGAAUUUCAAUAGCACAGAGAAAGGACAACCUCAUCUCCUCCUUGUUUAGAAGCACUUUUAAGAAAUCUCAAGAAAGCAUAAAAAGGCAUACCUCUUUUCUGAGAGAGUACCAUGACCUCAACUGUGCAAUUUCUUUUCUCUCAAGGAGACAGAUAGAUUGCUCUACAAAUUCUUUUUUAAAAAAGAAAUCAAGAUCCAAUGUUGGCAAAUCCAUCAUUGUAAUCAUGUUGAAUAUUUUUACCUCCUUCCCAGUUAUCAUACUGGCUGAUUGUUUCAUAGUUCUCACUCUUAACGAAAUAAAAAAUGACUGGAACCAAGAAUCAACUAUAGCCUUAAGGACCAACCUACUCAAGUGUUUCACACAAUGCUUUACUACUUCACUAAAUGCUUUACUACAGAUCAACAUGGUCAAUUAAAUCUAAUGCAACAUGGGUUUUCCUGACUAUAGGAGUCUGUCUCAUAAAAUUAUUUGUGAAAUCAUCCAUUCUCAACACUGAUUUGGUGCAUCAAAGGAUUUUUGUCUCUUAGACAGUUUAAAGACUGGGCAUAAGACCUUGGUGCUUGUUUUUAACAUGGUUCUUACAGGACAUAAGCGGAUGUAAUUAGUAUAUUCCACCUUCAAGGGAUGGGCAUCUGCUAAAUGCUAACAUGAAUGUAUUUACAGAAAGAGUGUUGUUAUUGUUGUUAUUAUUUUUUAAUGUCAUCCUGUUCUGUUACUAUGAGACCAUAUUAUAGUUUUCCCCUAUGAUUCUAAAGGAAGGAGAUACUGACCUACUAUUACUAUAACGUCUCCAGCCUAAGAAGAGCAAAAGUAAAGAGUCAAUAUGGGUGGAGUAGUAGAGUGGAUAGAGGGCCAAAUUUGGAAUCAGGGAGACUGGAUUCAAGUCAUGCUUCUGAAACAUACUAGCUGUGUAACUGUUGGACAAGGAACUUAAUGUUUCGGGUCUCCAGGAAGCUAUCUCAGACUAAAAGUUACUGAGAAGGUUACAGAUAUCCAGUAUUGACAUAAUGAAUAUCCACACCAGGAGAUCCCUAACUGAAGAAAUCACAGGCCAUUUUCCUAAUGAAUUAUUAAUAUAUGCCAGGGAGACAGUUUUCCCUCAUCUAUUUAAUAUUGGUUUGAUUGAGUGUUCACCAUUUCCCCAUGACUAUCCUGAAAUUCCUUUCUAUUAGUUUAUGGUUUUAUUUUGGGGGAGAUAAAUGCUUUUAAGUGUCACAAGAUAGGCAAUUAUUGAAACUGUUAAAAAUCUUAAAAGGCCCAUCAUCCUAAGUCCAACAUUUUGCUUGAAUGCUUCAUUUCAUUUUUCAAAGUAGAAAAAAAAAAUAUGACAUUUCAACAAUGAAAAAUUCCCAACCUCCUUUCAAUAUAUCCAAUUCAUGAUAGCCAUACUAAUAGAAGGAAUCAGUGGCAUGGAUAAUCCAAAAGAGUAGACAAUUUAAAAAUAUUUAUAUUUGAUUUUGUUAUCCAUGACCCAAUUGGUUUUGGCAGAAGAUUUAGAUUUCUAAUGGUUUUUAAUUAGUCUGAUGUUUAAAUGAAUUUGCCCUUUACAGUCUUGGAGCCACAUUUCUCCAACCUACUCUCCCCUUACUCCCUAAUUCAUACUCUCUAGCAAAAAUAGUCUGAAAGAUCUCCUUGUUCCUAGAACAACCCAUGUUUAGUUCUUCCUUAGUUCUCUUUUUCAUACUGUCCCCUUUAUCUGAAAUCUUCUUAUCUAUUUUCUAUCUAAAUUUGUCAUUUUUCAACGUCAAUGCCACUUACCCCUCUGUCACAAAACUUUCUCCAAGACUACUUUAAUCCACCUUGAUUUUCCCCUUCCAUGAAAUCUUAUAGUGGUUGUUGUUUGAAACACUUAUUUAGAAACAAUCAUAUGCUUCUUUGUAUGGUUAUUGUUUGUGUAUCUUAUUUUCCACACUAAACUGGAAAUUCCUAAAGAGCUUCUAAAGGAGGCAAAGUAUUGGGUAUAUAUGUAGCAGGUACUCAAUAAAAUAUAUGUUAAAACUAAUUAGUAGGUGUAUUAUUGGUUUUGUGGAUAAUAGUAUAAGAAUCACAAUCAAAAAGUUAGACAAUCCUUGACAGCCAAUGACCAUAGGACACUUCUCCAAGAAAAGAAAUCUUGUUUAUAUGAGGGGAGAAUGCUUCAGGAAGUUGAAUUUUAUUAAAAAGUCAUUGUAUAAAAUUGACCCCAAAUCACUGUUAUUUGAGGAAAAUAUUGUUUAGAAGGUAGGAAGGGGGUUAGCUAGGUGGCGCAGUGGAUAGAGCACUGGCCCUGGAGUCAGGAGGACCUGAGUUCAAAUCUGGCCUCAGAACAUUGACACUAGCUGUGUGACCCUGGGCAAGUCACUUAACCCCAAUUGCCUCACCAAAAAAAAAAAAAAAAAAAAAGAAGGUAGGAAGAGAGAGUUAUAGGAACUAGACCUAUAAUUUAAUUUGAAAAGGAACUCCCAAGGUAAAGAAACAUCUUCUACCAAUAUAGAUCCAUUUCUUUACUACAAUUUAUGAUCUUAGUUUGCUUCCUGGAGCCCUGAGAAGGUAACUGACUUGUCGAGGGUCACAUAGCCAGUGUGUGUCAGUGGCAGGAGUUAAACAAUGUUUUCAUGGUUUCCAGGAUAUCUCUCUAUGCACUAUCUCUUUCCCCUUUUCUCCCCAGUCAUUUUCAGAAGAAAGGUGACCAAAGUAAAAGUGAAAAGAUAAUUGGGGUAUAUGAAUAAAAGUGCUAUGGGCUACUGGAUAUAGGGAAAAGGGAAAUGUUUUGUUCCUUCUGUUCCUUUUAAAUAUUAAGCAGCUUUUCUUUCUCUUCUACAUUCCCAAAGCUGCCACAUCCCCUCCAUACGCUACAACACAGAUUGCAAAUUAGAAGAACAAUUUCUUAAUUUAGUAGUUAAUGUGGAAGUUGAUGGUAUAAGGAAAUGUUUUUUAGGCGAAGUAGCUCAUUAGCUUUAAAAGCAUCAACCAUCACAAGGUUUAAAGUGCAAGAAACUCAAUCCCAGCAACUGCUGUUAUGACCUUUGAGACUGGCUGAUCUGGUCAAUUUUACACCUGUUCUGUAUGUCAACUUUUAAGGCAAGCAAAUAGAGCCGCAAACAAGGGAAGUGAACUGGAUUUCUUUUGCAUUGAUUAUCAAGCUAUAUGCUGUAACUGCUCAUCAUCUAUUUUGGCCAGAAGUCAUUAAACGAACACCCUAAAUGAUAAAAUUAAUGCCAAUUAAGUAAUUAAAAAAGUAGCUGAUUCAUAUUAGUAUGAAAUGCAUCCAAUGCUGUGUAUAAUACGUAAAAGGCAUUUUUGUUUUAACAGUCUUACUCUAACGGGUUUUGAAUUUUAUCUUCUCUAUAACUAUUUGAUCUGUGAUGUUUCAAAAGUAUUAAAUAUCCAUCUACUAAUAAAAUUAGUCUUUAUUCCCACCUGAUUCCAUAAAACUGGAAUGAUUUCAUUUUAAACUAUCUUUGAUACAACUUUCAAGGAGAAAUGGUUCAACAAGAAAUUCAAUGUGCUUUAGAAAAUGUCAAGGGUAUCUAAUACUGGUCUCUCUUAUGGUUGUAAUAUGUUUCUUCUUCACCAUGGUAUUCAUUAAUAUGGCAUAUUGGUUAACUUGGUUCUGGGUGGAAGUAAAUUUAAAAUUUCCUCAACACACUUUAUAAAGUGGAUCAUUGAGCAAGAGAAAGAGGUGGGUGCUGAGUGAAAGGAGGGAGAUGGGUUUGUUUCUUUAUGAUGCUAUACAACGCCUUCCCUUUUUCAAUCAGUUAACCAAUCAACAAAUACUUAUUAAGUACUUACCACAUGCCAGUCACUCUACUGAAGAUACAAAGAAAGGUCAAAAUAUUGUCCCUUCUCCUAAGAAGCUCACAUUCUAAUGAGGGAGACAACAUGUAAAUAAUUGUGUACAUGCAAGAGAUAUAUAAAAUAGAUGGAAAGCAAUCUCUAAGUAAAGCCACUUUUUCUUCACUGCAAUUCAUAUCCCUGGGAUGCUUCCCCUGUUUUAUUUUUCCACAGGUCAUGAUAUUAUUUAGGGAUUAAUGUUCCAUGCUCAAAAACCUGGUGAUUCCUACUGUGUUUCCUGAUUGCUCCUACCAUUAGUCUCCUUUGUUCUCCUGCAUGCCCUUCACUGCCAGACAUGGAAAACAAGGGUAUUGGUUUUCCUUUAAUUUUUUUUUUUUUUAGUGAGGCAAUUGGGGUUAAGUGACUUGCCCAGGGUCACACAGCUAGUAAGUAUUAAGUGUCUGAGGCCAGAUUUGAACUCAGGUCCUCCUGACUCCAGGGCUGGUGCUCUAUCCACUGCGCCACCUAGCUGCCCUCCUUUAAUCUUGAAAACCAACAAACACCAUCAGGCUAGGGGUCGGGAGAGCUGGGUUCUAUAUGGGGCUUAGUGACUCCUUCAUUGGCUUUAUUGGAUGAAUCACUUCACCUAAAGUCAUCAGUUCUACCAUCUGGUAAAAUUAGUGCUAAACAAGACAGAUGACGGUUUUGAUGUCUCCUUCAAUGAGCUGGCUAGCUUCGUGAGGAAUAGAAGUUGCUUUUCAUGACCCUUCUUGGGGUGGGGGUGGGUGGGAAGAGUUGGACUACGAUAAUUUCUAAAGCCCAAAUAUUGUGGUGGAAAAAGCCCUAGAUUUCCAAUUAGAGGACCUGGGUCUGAGACUUGGCUCUGCUAUUUAAUAUUUUGACAAUUCUGGGAAAGGCAUUUAAUUUCUCUUGGUCUCAGUUUCUUCAUCUUUAAAAUAAGGGGAGUGGACUAGAUGUCCCUUUCUGUCCUAAACUCUAUAAGGAAGCACUUGAUAUUCAUUGUAAUAGAUUGAAAAUCCCACCUCUUAAGCACUUAAAUCACCCAGGAUCUGCUUUUAGCAAUUUUACAUAUGAUGAUUUCAUAAAACUGUUUGUAAAAAUAUUUUUUUUUGUGCACCAAAGAACAUUUGUGAAAAUAUCACAAAGAAAAGUCCUAUUUUGUAACUAUCUAAUAAAAUUGAAUUGCUGCUGCAUGAUUUAGUAUGGCUUCUACAUAGUAAACAUCUCUUCUCAUAUAAGCAAUA